AUGGGUCACCACUCGUGCUGCAACCAACAGAAGGUGAAGAGAGGCCUUUGGUCUCCUGAAGAAGAUGAGAAGCUCAUCAGAUACAUCACCACUCAUGGCUAUGGCUGCUGGAGUGAAGUGCCUGAGAAAGCUGUGUCUUCAAAGAUGUGGCAAGAGUUGUCGCUUAAGAUGGAUAAAUUAUUUGAGGCCGAAAUCAGAAGAGGAAGGUUUACUCCUGAAGAGGAGAGGCUGAUUAUUAGCCUUCAUAGUGUUGUAGGCAACAGCUUGAAUAACGAAACGUGGAAUUCAAACCAGCAUCAAGUUCAAGCACUUCCUCCUUCAGCUUCUUUUACAACUGGUAUGAAUGCUCAUUACUUGCCUCCAUUGACAGAGAACAUGGAAAGCAUGGUGCCCAUUGAUCAGCAUCAUCAUCAUCAAGUACAAUCUUGUAGCAUGGAUGAUGAAGGAGAAAUAUCACUUGACUGCUUACAGAGGCAAGAGUUGAAUGACUGGGGUAAUCUCAGCACUCAAGCUUUCUAUUUUGGGACAAUGUUGAGGGGCCAUUUAGUGGGAAGAACAUUGCACCAGCUUCAUCAAAUACAGGAACCACACUGUCUUCUUUUCCUUGAGGUCUUUAAAUUAUCAAUCAUGGUAAAAUAUUAUCCUUGA